GCGCAUGCGCCACUGUUAAACGAAAAUUUGCGUUGAAUAGUUAAGAAAGAUGGCCUGAACAGAUGUAACUUCCUUCUACUUUUCUAGCUUCUUGAGCCUGAAUAACGAGUGAAGGGUCUGACAUAACACCUGGUUGCUUGGAUGUAGAUCAGGAUGGACCUGGAAGAAGGUAUCAUCAAACCUUGGGGCCUCUUUCUCCUGGAUAUAGCUAAAGAGGUCAGGGAUGAAGAGUUGCGAGACAUCAAGAUGAUCCUCGGAGAUAAACUGACCAGUAGGGACCGCGAAUCGGUCAGCGAUCCGGUUGACCUGCUAGAAUUGCUGGAAGACAAAGGAUUAAUCAGUGAGGAUAAUACAGCUUUAUUACAUGAGCUGUUUGUCAAGGCAGAGUACAUUGAACUGAUUCCAAGGCUAAAGCAGUAUGAAGAAAGUAGAAAAGAAUACCUGGAGAGGGUCAGCAUGUUGGUCGGCAGGCGUGAUCCUCUGUUUGUCGGCCGUGACUCUUACAUUAAAGCCAUCUUAGAUUUCUUCAAAGAGGCAAGGCAUCCUGGAGUGAGAUGCGUCUGUCUAUGGGGAAUGGCAGGUACAGGGAAGACUAAGCUUGGAGCAGAGACAUGCGCCAUCUAUGCUGAGAUCAAGGACAGCCCUAAACCACGCCUUGUAUUGGUAGAUCUGAAUAAGAAGAACUCGGUUGGUGAUGUCGGCAUGGGGUUUUUGAGUUCGGUAGGUCAACCAGUCGAAGCCAGUAAAUUCAAACUCGAGCUCAUCUAUGAUUGGAUAAGAUCAUGCAGAGAAGGACAUGUGUUUCUGUUUGACAAUGCCGAUGAUCUUCUCAAGCCGACAUCCAUUGCAAAAGACCACUUUCAGAACAUGCUGAUACAGACUCUGAAAUGGGAAAACAACUCAAAUAUCAAGAUUAUAAUCACAUCAAGGUAUGCUGUGAACUUCCCACACCUCAAUAAACAUCAUAACUUCAAAGAGAUUGAAGUGCAAUCCUUAGAGAUGGAGGAAGCUGUUGAUCUUCUCUUCAAGUCCGUCCCUCAGGGUAACCUUCAGGUCAGAGGUCAAGUAUCGAUUACGGAGGAGCAGGCCAUGAAGCUGUCAGAGCACUGCGGUAACAACCCUCAGGCACUACGAGCUGUGGCCAGCCAGCUGAGAAACGGGAAGGAACCGGACAGAGUGUUACGACUUCUGGCCAACCCGAUGAAGAUGGAACUGGUUCUCAACGAUCAGAGCCUCUGGGGUCUGGGCCAGGAUGCCACCGAGGAAUAUGCUCGGGAAUCCAAUCAGGUCCUGAAGUGUCUUGGUGUGAUGUUCGAAGACAUGAACCCACAUCUCCAGCCCCACCUGAUCCGCCUAGCUGUCCUUCCCGGACUCUUCAGUCAAACCUGGGGUCUCAAGAUCCUCUCGGACAUCGACCAGGAGGGCAGUCGCCGCCAGUCCCUCUCCGACUCCCUAGCGUGGGAGCUAGAUGACGUGGCAGGCACGAGCCUUCUCCUCCGAGAGUCCCUUGACAUCUUCCAGUCGGAGGAUGGGAGGGAGGCCAGUCUACGAGAGAAGUUCUACUCCAUGCAUCCCCUGGUCAGAUGCUUGUGUUUGAUGAAAGUUGAAGCGGAUGAGAAGAUGAAGACGGCCUUCCAGUCAGCCCUUCUCUCUUUUAUUGAUGAAUGCUUUCAGCUACUAAGGAAAUUCACUGGAUACGAUGAUGAGGAUGCCUGUGGAAGUCUACAGCGCCUGGAGAAAGAAAAAGCCAACAUCACCCAGUACCUGGAACUCGAGAUGCAGAAAACCUUCGACGAGAAACCCCACCCACUCGCUGAGUACCUCCCGGAUUACGGCAGGGUCCUGCGCCGAUCCAACAUUGCCCGCGAGAGCAACAUCCUGGCGUUUAUGGAACGGUUCAUGUUCACGAAGGAGAGAUCCAAGUUCUUCCGUCAGAGAGCGGAAGCAGCAAAGAAGUUCCAAGAUUUGCCAGGAUGGGUCAGCCACCAGGGGUGGUAUGCCGAUCAACAGUUGCAGCUUCAUCAAUUCCGAGAUGCAGAGACUGCCAUCGUUGAUCCAAUCUCCUACUGUCAGAGUCAGCGCAUGAUGACUUCUGACCUCCGGGAAGGGUAUAGUCAAUGCCUCUAUGUCAAAGGAAACCUUCUGGUGCAGAAACCCCAAGACAGAGGCCACAUCCAAAACAAGAUGCGAGAUGAAGGUACCAAGAUUCUCAAAAAGUGCAUCGAGAUACGCGACCGUAACCUUGGAAACAGCAUCGUCAGGGCACGCACCAUUAAUGCGCUUGGUUCUGCAUACUUCGAGAGUAUGAAGUAUGAAGAAGCCUUGAAGCAGCACAAGCUGGCCCUUGAGGUUCUGACGGCUGUUACCCACAAUCACCCCGAGACGCAUCCUGACUACACCUUCUAUCUGAUGAACAUUGGGACUUGUUACCACGAGCUUGGAUACUCUUUCAGCCGAUCUAUCACCCAGAGAGAGAAAGGAAGAAGGUACUUUGAUCAAGCCAUCCGCACCUACAAGGACGGCCAGACGGCCCUCCGUGGGGUCGGCAUGGAGAAGACCUCCAUCAUGGGUACGAUGUUGAAGAACUUGGCUAUGACAUACUGUGAGAUGAAGGAGUACAGACAAGCCUUGGACUACGCUGAUCAGGCCACCGGUAUAAGGGUCCGGACACUGGGUGAUGAUCAUCCUGACGUGGCGAGGGCGCAUUACUUUGUGGGAUCCCUCUACAUGUCCCUCGGGGAUGAGAUGAAAGAUUCUGGCAAGAAUGUGUUUGAGAUUGAGGAGUACAAGAAAGCUCGAGAGUGUUUUGACCGGGCUCUGAUCAUCGAGUUGAAGGUUGGAUACGAUCGACGCAGUCAAGACUAUGCUGAUCUCAAGGAGGACUUUGAGAAACUCUUCAAAAUCCUCAAUAAAAAGAGAGAAUGGCAGCGAUACAGCCUCAAAUUCAAGGAACAUGAAAAAGGGCAGUAUGUUCCUGUUGCUGAACUUGAAGCCAGUUUAAGUGCUGCUAGCUCAGAGCCAAGCACCAGCUCAUCUACACCAAGAUCACGUCUGCAAGAGAGAAAAAGAACUGGAGAAUCUGUAGAGCCAUUGAGUCCAGGAGCUCCGGACAGCCCGCCUGAUCCUAAGAAAUGCUACGUUUCGUGAGACGAACUCAAACGACAUCACAGAUCUUCAUUCUGUGGCAAAGUUUGUCAACAUUGAAAUCAUUUCUCCCUGCAGUUACCAUAGUAAUAGUCAGAGGCCAGUGCUUAUCAGCCAAUCAAAAGCAAGGGUUUCACUGAAAUGGUCGGCGCUGACAAUUUAGUCAGUGCUGACAAUUUCGUGACACUACCAUGGCAACAGGUAGAGGUUUGUGGCUCAGUGAAUAAGUCUCUGUACUUUGAACCACAAAGUCCAGGGUUCAAUAUCACCACAGCACUCACAUCCUUUGGCAAGACAUUUAUUUAUAUAUGCCUCACUCCACCCAGGUGUAGUAAAUGGGUACCUGGUAGGAAGAAAUUUCUUGAAUGUUCAAGCGUCCGAUCAAGGUACGUAGCUGUGUUAAGUCGGGGUAAUAGUAUACCCCCUUAGAAACAUUGAAUGAAGCGCUAUAUAAAUGUUGCAGCCAUUCACCAUCAAGGUUUCCAUGGUAGUUGCCAUAAUGGCAAAGUCACUGUAGUUGUAACUCUUUAUGAACCUGGCCUCUGGUGUAUAUAAUUUACCACAAAACAAGGUCACAAGUAACCUGCAAAAUCCC